AGGAGGUUGCACCCUAAAUCCAAGGAGGUUUUCUCCCACUUCUCACCCUCCCAUAUGACCUGACUGUUUAUGUAUAUUUUUAAAUCUUUGCAAAUUUGCAGCGAACUGAAACUGGACGACAGAGAAAAACACCAAAAAGCUGCUCUGCAAUAAGAGGCCUCUUUGCGCGCAACAUGAGUUUCAGCGUAAAUUUUCGACAUUUCCUACGCUCAGGGGCUCUGACUGCUGCUUACUGUAGUCGUACGAAGUCUGCAAUUCACGGGCCAUCAUGGGUGCAAUGUCGACAGUUGUCUGCCAUCCGCAUGUCUCCGAGGAAGAAAUUUUGGCUCUACGUCUUCAUAGGAGUUACCGGAGGCGCGACUGCGGGAGCCGGCUACACUUUUUAUCAAACCCAACAGGCCCGCAUCCCGAUUUUAAACAAGGGCACUGGAUCUACGGGAGCAAUCCUUCAAAAAUUACCUGACAUUCCUCCAUCUAGAAGGAUUGUGUCUCCAACUGACAACCACAACCUUCAUCUCGUCCUCUUCCAGUACCAGACAUGCCCCUUUUGCUGUAAGGUGCGCGCUUUUCUCGACUACCACGGCUUUUCUUAUGAUGUGAUCGAAGUCAAUCCAGUUAUGCGACAACAAAUGAGAUGGUCCACUUACAAGAAAGUUCCUAUUCUUCUCGCCAAAGUUGAUGAAGGCUACCAGCAAAUGAAUGACAGUUCUGUGAUCAUUUCUGUGCUCACGUCAUUUUUGCACAACCCGAAGGAUGGCCUCUCUGCUGCUCUAAGUUUCUAUCCCAGCAUCGACUAUAAAGACGACGAAGGGAAUGUGAAAAGUGAAGUGUUGAAUAGGCAUUUCCUCAUGUUUGGAGAAAAUCUGCCAAAGGAUAAAACAAAGGAAUCCAUAAGUGAAGAACGGAAGUGGAGAAAGUGGGCUGAUGAGGUUUUGGUGCACACCCUAUCUCCGAAUGUCUACCGUACAAAGGAAGAAGCCCUGCAAGCAUUUAACUGGUUUUCAGAGGUAGGCGACUGGGAGAAACAUUUUAGUAAAUGGGAACGCCUGAUAGUCAUUUACGUAGGGGCCAUGGCCAUGUGGAUGAUUGGCAAGAAACUUAAGAAGAGACACAACUUGAAAAAUGAAGUGCGCCUUAGUUUGUACGACGAGUGCAACUUUUGGCUCAAGGAGCUGAACCAAAAGAAAACUCCAUUCAUGGGUGGCUCACAACCGAACUUGUCAGAUUUGGCUGUAUUUGGUAUUUUAAACAGCAUCGAAGGCUGUGAUGCUUUCAAAGAUUUGGAGACAAACACAAAAAUAGGCCCUUGGUACUAUGGAAUGAAGACCGCUAUCAAACAUCGAAGUGGCGAGAGGCUUCAGUAGUAGUGGUGGUUUAAAAUAAUGAAAUAAAUUUAUGGACUAUUAGAAAGAGGGCAAUCGAGGCGACUAAAAUUUAUUUAAACCAUGGAAUUCUUGUCCUUGUUUUGUUUUCAAUGAAAAGCCCGUGUUUAUCAAUUUAAUAAAUUGUUUGUGUUCCAUUUGAAAAUUCAAUUAAUAGCAAUAAAAAAGAGAAAAAAAUUAAAAGCAUGUAGGUGAAAUGGCGGGGGUUGGGUUCUUCUGCGUACAGUGCACUAACUAUGGAAAAAAGAAUAGUUUUCAAGCAAAUUCGACACUGCAGACGGAGUGUCUUCAGGCGGAAUAGAGCGGAGGAAUGAAGAAAGGUGGCUGGCUGCCUUUCCUGCAAUGUGCAGCAUUUUGCAGAGCAAUGUGUUGUGGGAAGAGAAAGUGUGGGCUCGAAGCGCCAGAGGGUGCCUUUCAAUAUUUAACAUUUACUUAUUUUUUCCCUAUUUCACCAUUUUUAAUAAUAAUAAAAAAAUGCAAAUAUGUAGCCCUCAAA